UACAGUGUGGGUGACGGCAUGUGUGGUAUCUGCGUGCUUUGUGGCCGGGGAAGCUGUAUUAGCCUCUCUUGCUCCGGAUCAUGCCCAAUGCUGCUAACUUGUAAUUCCAUCCUGAGCAGGAAGUUAUGCUACGAGCUGUUUACAUUUUCAGCGAUUCCUCCUCCUCCCGUCCAGCCCAGACCUGUCUGACCGAAAUUUCAAAACUCCAUCAUCCAGCAUCCUGCGGGAGUCAGCUGCCCGGUGAUAAACGUGUGGACAUGGACCCUGGAGAUGUCACAGAGGACGGCUGGCCAUUGUUGUCUUGGGUCUCCUCCUGCUUUAUUAUAUUUGGUGGAGCGUUACCGUACAUCCCACAGUAUCAAGAAAUCAGGAGGACGUCAAAUCCCGACGGCUUCUCUACGUUGGUUUGCCUGGUACUACUGGUUGCAAACAUUCUCAGAAUAUUUUUUUGGUUUGGGAAGUUUUUUGAGUUCCCCCUCCUGUUACAGAGCAUCCUUAUGAUAAUCACUAUGUUGACCAUGCUAAAGCUGUGUUGCUCAAUGCAGACGGCCAACCGCGUCUCCACCAAGCGGCAUUUCUUCACGGAUUUUGAGCCUGCGUACUUUUGGAAGUGGAGUCGAUUUGAAGAUUACCUGCAGUUCGUCUUCUCCCUCACCAUCUCAGGCGCUCUCCUCACCUAUGUCUUCCUGGAUGUCUCUACUUUUGUGGAAGGCAUGGGGUUGGUUGCUCUGUUGACGGAGGCAAUGCUCGGUGUUCCUCAACUGCUGCAGAACUUCAAGAACCGCUCCACGCGAGGAAUGAGUGUGAAGAUGGUCUUGCUGUGGACGGCGGGGGACUGUUUCAAGACGGGAUACUUUGUUCUUAAGGAUACCCCGGCUCAGUUCUGGAUGUGCGGGACAUUGCAGAUUUGCAUCGACGCGGCUAUCCUCUUUCAAGUGUUUCAUUAUAAUCAGAAGCAACGUUCCAAGGAUGGUUAGUGGGAUUUCUGAAGGGAAGAGAGAGAAAGCCCACCGGUUACAUUAUUCAAGACUGAGAACGAAUGCAGCUACCUACUGAAAAACCAAAGGAGACAAAUUAUACACUGUGUGCCAAUUAAAAAAGAAGAGGUUACAAUAUAUAUUUAAAAAAAAUACAGUUUCACAGCAGAACCUUCUUUCUAUUUGGAAAAUAAAAAGAAAACAUAUAUUUAUAUUAAACAUCAGACUACAGAUUCUUUAA